AUGUCGAGCACCAAUCCCGCCCCGCAGCUCGCAGAACGACCAGACAUCCACAAAUCAUGCCGGACGCUCGAAACACUCGUGAAUAUGCUUAAUGACUAUUGCGAGGCUGCAGGGGCUAUCGUCACAUUACAGAAGAAGCUUUCCAAAGCUCUAAAGGAAGCUGCUGGGCUCAAGACUACUAGUGAAAUUCCAGCCAACGCUUUUAUUGCUAGUGCCAGCAUAUUCGACGUCCUUUCCGACGUCAACGUCAAGUUUGCAAAGAUAGCCAACAAGGAAUGCGAUGGGAUCAGUUCCGAGGUGAAGAAGUGGUUCAAGAAGCUCGCAAAAGAAGAGAAAACUCACGACGAGCGUAUGAAUGAUUCAAACGCUCGCAUCAAGCAAGCUGGUCAGGCGUAUGAGAAGAAGGCUAAGAAGAGCGCACGUGAUGCUGGCGAGGAGCAUGCUCGUUAUGUCAAUCUCCUCAGCGUGCUUGGUCCUGAGAUGUCUCAGGAGAAAUACAAUCACACCCUGCUGGUGACGCAACAGCAUACGUCGACUACGUAUAGCAUAGCAGCUUGUCUUUCAAGAGUUGCGGACGCAGAAUGGGCCCGGACGUGCGAAAGCAUCCGUCGCUUCUCCCCAUCUAUCGGACCACUCGAAGAAUGGCGAGUUCUCUGUGAAGGCGCGUGGACCGGUCCCCUACCCGAUGACCUACCGGACGAAUCACCUCCACCUGCUCAAGCAUCACCUUCCAAUUGGGGUGUGACUGAAUGGGGUCAGACUGCCCGCUCUGGCAAACAACAAUACCCAGGCUCGCUCCCCUUUCCACCACAGAACAAUUCCAUCGACCUCGAACGCCCCCGCCCACCGUUCAGCUCCAACGAGCAGAACCAGGGCUCCAUCAACUCGAUUACGACACUCUCUGCGUUCCCCUUCCCCCCAACACAUUUUCCUGUCCCGUUAGCUGCCAAUGAAACAGAGCUGCAUCGCCAGAGAACGCAAUUGCGGAGUUUACAAGUUCCCCAGCCAAGCCAAACUGCUCAACAGACGUACUUACUAUCGGAAUCUCCGCAGCCGAUCGAGAGUGCGCUUUCUGAUACGCCUACGCUUGUUAGUAGCUUCAGGUCGCCUCCUGUGUCUCAGGGACCGACUACGCCACCGUCCUCGCACUAUAUGUACUCUGAUAACUCUGAUAACCAUCCCGGAGAGAGAAUUCCUCAGGAAAUAGUGGGAUCGGUUUUUUCGACGGGUAGCGAGAAGAAAGUCCCAGAGCUGUUCCGUGAAGAAGCAAAAGCUCAUCGGUCGUCCCUGAUCGCACGAGAAAUUUCAAGCGAGAAAACACUCACUAACAAGCAACCAGAGCAACCUCCUCCAGGCGAGUUCGGUGCCUCAGUGGAGAUCCGCAGCGCAUUCAAGAGCCGAAGCAUUGAUGCCGCCAAGAAGUCGCUUGAGCGCACUGACAGUUCUGUGAGUAAUGGAAGCGUAGUUGCAGCCAUGCGCAAUCGCUACAGUCGCACGAUUGAGCCUUCUUCUCAGGUGCCGAAGGAUGUGCCACGGUUGCCGAUGAGCGUUUCAGACCUCGCUUCUCGGUAUCAGCCUAUCGAUGAGCCCAUGACUCCUCGGCGCAGCAACGGUUCGCCGACUGCCGAUAGACAUGCGGUCGAUCAGGACCCUCUUGUUUCCCGUGACAUCUCUACCGGCGAAGAAGACAUUCGAAGGCGGAGGCAACGCAUAGAAGAGCUCGCAGAGCUGGAGCUCAAGGAGAAAGAGUAUGAGCUUCGACAGCGCGAACGAGAACUAAAUCAGAAAACACGCGAUUUCGAGCGCGAUCGAAUGCAAUUCCUCGACGCACGGAGUGACCGUAUCAGUACGAGUACGAGCGACACCCCCAAAGGGCCGCGUUUGACGCUAUUCCAGCAUAAACGCGGAUCGCAAAGCACCUCACACCUCGUGCCACCACCAAGCUCGACGUCUAUACCGCGUCAGCGGGGUUCUCAAUCUCCAUCGCGCUCCCAACCGUCUUCACCCCUUCCUGCAAAGGGUCACGCACCAUUUUGCGGCUGCGGUACUUGUUCUGUCACUAAAUAUAAGACACCAGAGGUUACGCCCUCCCCUCACGACCUGCGUCCUCCAGAGCCGCCCAUUCUCUUGCGUCCCGAGAAGCCCAAGGGCUGGAUACGGCGGCUGAGCAUGCCCGCAGUCGGCGCGGCAUUUUCGUUGGAUGCGAAGAAGAAUGCGAGCGCUACAAGUCUGAAGUCGGGUGUGCCAUCUCCGGCUGAUAAUAGUAGACGGAGGAAACACAGUUUUGAACAAGGAAUCAGUAAUCGGAGCGUUGGGAUGAUCCGUAGGUGA